AGAAGUGGAGAGGAGGAGGAUGAUAGCAGCAGGAUUACCAUUGAUGAGCAGUACUGAGAUGAGACGCAUGAUUGAAGACGCUCAAAGGCCUGACCGUCCUGAUAUAUAAUUAAUAUGAGCUUAGAUAGUCCUAGUAAUAGCAAAAAUGAGAAUCGGUGCAAAGUAAUAAGUAAAUAUUUUGCCGGACACAAAUCUGUUAUGGAUGAAAGUCUAUCUGACUUUCAAGAAAAGAAAAAGAAUUUCACUGGUCCAAAGAACUCUACGAAACCAAGUGGAAGUAAGACUAAAACUAAGAGAAACAUAAAGAGAGUUAGAGGACAGAAAGAUAUAAGGACAGUUUUAAAGUCCAAAAAGAACGAACUUGUUGCAUAUUCUAAUGAUUUUGAAAAGAUAUGUAAGCAGUCUGGACUAGAUGUAGAUUCCGAACAGUUGCAACUAGCUAUUGCUUUGUCUAAGUCGCUGCAGGCAUCUGAGAAUAAAGUCGACAAUAUACAGAGUUCUGGAUCUUUAAGCAGCCAAGAGAGGACUGGGAAAAUACGAACAACACUCCUUGAAUAUGGUUUUGUUGUGCCUGAUAUUAAAAUCACAGCAACAAAAAGCAAGAAAUUGAAAAGGUAUAGGAAAAACUAUAAGUUACUUCAAAUUAGUGAAGCUGAGAAGCAGCAAAUUAUUUAUGAUAGAUACUCGCAGAUCUUAUUUUCUAAUUUUGAUAAUUCAAAAGUUGAUGAAAAUCCCAAACCUGGAAAUAAUUCUGCAACAUUGUAUCACUUAGUGACUGAUAUACCAUAUAAAGAAAUAAGUACGAAUAAUAUAUUUUAUGUUGAAGAUUUGAUAGAACAAUCAUCAAAUGCUGUUGGUUGUUUGCUAAAAGACUGGUCUGACAUUCCUGGAAGACCUGUCAGUCCUACAUGUGAAAGACUAAACAUUGAUUUUAAUAGAAUAGAUUGUUCACAAGAAGAACUUGACAUUGUUCUUAGUUCAACUUUAAAGUCUGCUCAAGAAAUUGUUAAGAGUAAAUAUAAUUUAUUACCACAAGAAAACUUAAUUGAUAUGGUUGGAACAAGUAACAGUACUACAGGCCGUAAUACUGAAAUAAAUAAUAAAAUGGAUGAUAAUUGUAUAAAUAUUAUAGAUAAUGAUAAUAUAGAUAUCAGUGACAUAAGAUCUCACACAAAAGAGUUAAAUUGUAAAGAAAAAGCUGUAGAUAUAAUAGAAAUUAAUAUGUUAGAAUUGAAAACAACUCAAAAUGUUCGAAGUUGUUCGCCGGAUAUUUUCGACGAUGAAGUGUCUUCUCUUAUAGACAAUUCCAGACAUUCUUUAAUACAAUCUCAAGAUAAAGUAAGUGAUAAAGAUGCAACUAAAGUAUGUAAUGAUGUAAUGGAUUUAACUGAAUGUAUGCCUUUGCACUCUCAAAGAAGUUUAAAUAUAAAACCUAAUUCUCAAUUAUCACAAGGAAGUAAUGUUACUAAAAGAAGGUCAAAUGAUUUUAUGGAAAUGACAGAUUGUGUUGUAGGUUCUUCUCAGCCUUUAAAAGAACAUAUUAUUGAAAAUAACAUAGACCUUACACAAAACUCCGAUGAUGAGGAAGAUGUAACAGCAGUUAAAGAAAGUAAAACUGCAGAAGUAAGUUCUAAGUACAUUGAGAGUAUGGAUUUAACACAAUCUUCUGACACUAAUGAAGAAUUACCUUUUGUAGAAAUAAGUGGGAAGACUGAUAUGGAGGAUACUAUUAUUUUGAAUGAUGACGCUUAUAUUGGACUCAAGAGUAAAAAGGAAAUACUAAGUGUCUCACAAAAUGAUUUUAAUAACAAAUCAAAUAAUACAGAAAUUAGUAGAAAUCCAAUAAUCAAUCAUAUAAAACACACAAGUGAUAUCAAAUCGGUAAUUAUUGAAAGUGAAGAUGAAUUAGACAAUGUAGAAAACUAUAAAAAUGGUCAGGUGAAAGUAAGAGCAAUAAAUCCCAUAGAAUGCAUUGUGCCUAACCAUUUAAAUGUUUCUAAUAUUGGACUAACAAAAGCACAAAACGAAAUAUCAUUACUUGAUGUAACAGAUGAACAAACCAAAAGUCCUCUAAAAUCAGAUCAAAAUUUAGAAAACACCAACACUGAAAGCUUUUUUGAGGAAUUUGUGUAUCACCAUUCAGAUGGAAGUGAAAAACAUACUGAAGAUGUUGUAUUAUGUCUUGAUGAGAGUACUUAUAAUUCUAUUGUAAUUGAAAAUAAAGAAGAUGAUAUUGACUUAACACAAUCUACAGAUUCAGAAGAAGUAACAGAAAAAGGAGGUGUUUCACGAAUAUAUGACUGUAAUAGUUUAAACAGAGUUGGUAAUGUGUCAAUAGAUUAUGAUGAAAUGUUUGAUGAUAUGGUGAAGAGUCAUGCGUCGUCAGCAUCUGAAUCUAAAAGUAUAUCAUUGAAAUCAAACAUCACAGACUAUAAUAACGACAAUUUGGGAAUAACUACUAACACAAACAGCGAUCUCGUAUCUAACUCCAGUCAAACUUCGGAAAUAUUCGAAAUAUCCGACAAAGAACUUGAUUAUUCGAUGCAUAAAUCGAGACUCGAUGUGGAAGUUCGACAGGAAAAUUUUGAUUUUGGCGGCAUUUCUGUUAUGUACAACCUACCUGACAUUCCCAGCUUGAGACAAUCCAACAAUUUUAAAAGAAGUUUAAAUAGGUCUUUGAGUGAUAGCUGUUUACCUGCUGUUGAAUUAAAAAGUACAAUUCCAAGUUCAAGUAAUAAAAUAAGCUCUCCAACUAAAUCUUGUGGCACUGCAUCGUCUACGCCUUUCAGAUCGCCGAAGAGAACUUUAAAUAUGGCGAAAACACCAAAAAACGGCGAGUAUAUUAUCAAAACAGAUCAAGUGACGCCUAUGUUGAAUUACGAGGCGAUGAGUACGCCUGAGCGAAAUGCGGAGUUGGACAAGUAUGGACUGAAACCGUUCAAGCGGAAAAGAGCUAUACAACUUCUAACACAUUUGUACAACCAAACUCAUCCAAUAGUUGAAUCAUGUUCAAAAGAAGAUAUUCCAUCACCAUCAAAAAAACUUAAACCAAACAAUUUCAAUAACGCAAGAACAAAUCCUAAGGACGACACAGAUAAUAUUAUUGUUAAAUCCAAAAAAACAAUAAAUUCGCCUAAGAAAAGACAUGUAGUACGAACACAAGAAAAUGUUAAUAUGGAAGAAUUAGACAAAGAAAAUGAAAAUAAUAUUUAUGAAAACACAAAUGUGAUACCAGAUAUAAAAGAAAUACACUGUUGUGAAGAAGAUUGGGUUUUUCAAAAGAGAGAAAAAGCCAAGGUUCAUUCAUGCCGAGUGCCCCUACAUAUAGCGCUCCACAACUACGUGAGCACCCGGGGUCAUCUCCGUGAGGCAAUUCUUCGCUACGAGCCUGUUAACAUCGACGUCAUUCAUAAAGGCCUAGUUGCCGAUGGUUACAGAUACGAUCCUAAGGAUCUACUCAAAUUCAUGGACAAAAAAUGCAUAACUGUAAAAACUGCGGAUAAUAACGCGAAGAAUAAAAAACACUAUUAACAAAA